AUGUCUGGGCGGUGCGAUGCAGAAGCAUCCGGCAGUCGCCCACUAGCCGUGGUCGAACACCGGGGGACCACCUCACCGACGCAGUCUUCCAGCAGCGAUUCACCACGACGCCGGCACCACCAGACGCAGCCCGCUCGAAGCACCGAUCACACUGGAGAAACUUCCGCACCACCUCGGCGAACUGACGUCACACGGCAGCCGGCUUUCGAGACACCUUACACCAGCCGCUUGGUAGCGACUCUCGAGCCAGCCUGUGGCGAGAGGCAGACAGCGACCUACGACCUCGGGGACGCCACCUGCGCGACUCCAGUUGGAGUACCGCCACGCUUCACCCCACUCAGUCCAUCUCAGAGUGAGACUCGCGUGUGGGUAACCUCGCUCCACGGUCUCGGACUCCACUCUGGCCAAUCGUCGUCAGGGGAACGAAGUGCACCCUCUGUUUGGGCUUCCGAAUGCAGUCUUCCAGGGGAGCCUCUGAGUGAACCAGAAGCGGAGUCGUCUGAACGUAUUCGCUGUGUCUGCUCAGAUUCGGAUAGCCCUUGCGAUUAUUCGUCGCCGACUCCUGAAGGGAGGGAAGUCGAGUCUGAGGCAUCUCCCACUGGAGACGCUACUUCCUCGCCAACUCGUACCACCCCAGCGCCGGACAGCGAACCUCCCGGUCACUACCGUGACGAGUCGGGGCCUCCACCGCAGAGUCGGCGAGCAGAGGCAGUCGGGACUCAGACGGCAGAUGGUGGAGACGCUGGACUUGAGCCCCUCCUGCUGGCCAGAGCCGCCGACUCUGCCGCCAUCAGAGGCGGCGUCUACAUCCUCGUGAGUCCUGCCCGACACCUGCUGCGACAGGAGCCCGGCGAAGGACACGUCCACCACCACUGCUGUUGCUACGCUUUCGGUGGGCCGCUAGAGGCCUCCUGGAUAGUCCCAGAGACUCGGCCCCUCGGCGAGUGGGGGCGGGAGCCGUACCCUGACGGCAGCGACGGUGGGCCCGUCGACGCCCUCGUCACCAGGACCAUCUCCGACUUGGACGUCACCGCCGUCGUCACCCGGCUCUGGUCCAAGCAGGCGGCGCGACUCACCAGCGCGCUCUCCCGGGUAGCCGAUUCCGGCCGUCUCUUCGGAGCCUCCGAGGAUGGUGAAGACCGUGGCGGCGGUCGGGGCGGAGGUCCGCAGGUGAAGUGGGGCAGUGGGGGCGGCGGCGACGACGACGACGACACUGACGGCGACGCCCUCCAAACUGAUCCGGUCCAACUCCACCGCCCAACUGGGCAGGGUAGCCCCGGACCGCGCGAAUCGCCCACAGCGAGACAGCGCCAGUUGACAACAAAAUCGACGAAAAGUCUUCCGAACGACUCCGACGGGGCAGCUGUUCCUCCUCGUUGCCACUGCGGACAAGUAGGGGAACCCCCGACACCGGGCCCUCCGGGCAGUCCCGACAGUGCUGCCACCACAUCCGACAGUAAAACUCCCCCGACAGUAGAAGAGGCAGUAGACCGACGACCGUAUCCAGUAUUAUUAGACGUAAACACAUCGUACAGAGUAGAAAAUUCCUCAGUGGGUGGAGAAAACGCGAGACCUCCGAUCAGCCCCAGUAACAGUGCUGGAAAAGUUUCCUCAGAUUAUGAGGACAUCCAGAUCUCUCCACAUUGUCCUCCCACUGAUUACCUCAGUGAAAAUUCCCAAGAGUGUGUUCACGAACUUAAGGACGCUCAAUACUUAGAGACUACAUCCAGUGAGGAAACUGCAGGAUCUACAAAAUCUGUUCGGGAAACAGACGAACGUUGUGGAACUGAUGAUGAUACUGAACACUGUGUUCCAGUCAGUCCCGAAUAUUGUGGUGGGGGCAAUCCGGUAGCUCUUCCAGUUCUCCCUCAACAGUUCCAGGUACCUCGUGCAGGACAGUACCACGAUGAGCAGCUCGAGGAAAGUAGAGGUCCACGAGUAGGAUCCGGUAGUGUACAAACUUGCGCUGCGUCAGUUCCUGAUGAGACUCCUGGGAGGUUACCGUACCGUAGUGAGAGUGCAGUUGGAGGAGCCCAGACUGAAAGUUCUCCAGCAGCCGCUUACAGUGACACUAGCGACGAUGACAGAGUUUCUCCCCCUCUGACGUACUCGGAGAGGCGAGAGAGACUCCAGGUAAAACUCGCACGUCGCAUCCCCGUCACCUCUGCGUCGACCCGGACCAACACUGCAAGUUCUCCAAAUCCAGGGACAGGAACCACGCGGGACAGAACUGGACGAUGCGAGGCUGAUCCGUACCGUGACGACCUCGCAGCCAGGUCUGCCCGUGGUUCGACACCCAGUUAUCCUUCAAGCAUAGGGAACACCGCGGACGGCAAGCUCUCGCCGCCGCCGGCGUCGGCGUCGGACGACAGCUCGACGGCGGGCGUGGCCGUGGGGGCGGGCGAUGCCGCCCCCCUAGUCCGCCGCCGGCGACAGCGCACGCCCGCCGCCUCCGACAGCGACGACACCGACGACGACGGCGUGCGCCUCUCGCCGGCCGACAUCGAGCGCUACCGCAAGCUGGUGCUGCUGCACGGUGCGUACCGCAGCCCCGGCGGGCUCCCCGCUGCAUGUUUAGCCUGA